AUCGCGUGAGAUUUAACUUUACAAAUUUGGCGGUAGUAAGACGAUGGCGGAAAAUUUAAACGAGUGCAAAGUAGCAUGUCUUGCUACUUUCGACCAACUGGAAGUGGUUUGCCGAGAAGAAGGAGUCAAAUGCAGUGAACUGGGGGUCAACAAGAACAACCUGUGUGACUAUGAAGUGGAAUACCUUUGUAGCUACCGAAGAAAAGUCAUCAAUGAUGGAAAAAGGCAAGAAACGCAGGAAUUGUAUUUGGUUAAAUGGAAGGGCUAUCCGGAGUCGAUGAACUCAUGGGAGCCACGGAAGAACCUAAAGUGCACUGAUCUGCUUAACCAGUUCUGGGAGGAUCUGAUGUGCGAGAUGCUGCGGUUAAAGAAGCGCACAGUCCCCAAAAAACUGGACACUUCCGUUGUCUCUCAUCUUGUCCAGCGAGCAAAGCUUAGGCAAACUCUCAAACUCUGGGAGAAUCACCUGAACAGCCUGGGCUCAAACAAGGGUCGCAUCUAUGUGGAAAACCUGGUGGACAUGGAGGGUCCUCCUAAGAACUUCACCUACAUUAAUGACUAUAAGGUGGGCGACGGUAUCUCUCUCAAUGAGGUGGCUGUUGGCUGCGAGUGUACGGACUGCCUGGACAGUCCUCUGAAUGGCUGCUGUGCCGGAGCCUCGCAGCACAAGUUUGCCUACAAUGACUCAGGACAAGUGCGCGUUCGGCCUGGACUACCCAUCUACGAAUGCAACAGGAGGUGUCGCUGCGGACCCGACUGCCCCAACAGGGUGGUGCAGAGAGGCAUUCAGUAUUCACUGUGCAUCUUUAGGACAGACAACGGCAGGGGCUGGGGGGUACGGACCAUGGAGCGCAUCCGCAAGAAUACCUUCGUCAUGGAGUAUGUAGGAGAGAUCAUCACUACAGAAGAAGCAGAAAGGCGAGGUCAUGUCUACGAUAAAGAAGGAGCCACCUACCUGUUUGACCUGGAUUAUGUGGAUGAUGAAUACACAGUGGAUGCAGCUCAUUAUGGCAAUAUUUCUCACUUCGUCAAUCACAGUUGUGAUCCAAAUCUUCAGGUGUAUAACGUCUUUAUAGAAAACUUAGACGAGAGACUGCCACGGAUCGCUUUCUUUGCCACACGAGGCAUUAAACAAGGGGAGGAGCUCACCUUCGACUACAAAAUGCAGAUUGAUCCAGUAGAUGCAGAAAGCACAAAGAUGGACUCAAAUUUCAGUCUGACAGGACUCCCAGGUUCACCUAAGAAACGCAUGCGUAUAGAGUGUAAAUGUGGUGUUCCAACAUGUCGGAAAUAUCUAUUUUAGAUAACCCAGAGGCUGGUGGAUUGUGUCGUGCCAAAUGUUCACAAAAGAUAAUAGUGGCUGUAUAGGGUAACAGCAGAAUCUCAUUACAUAUUGACAAAAUAUGUACAAAUAAUUAUCCAUGAUUGAUGUCAAAGAGUUUCAUAGCAGUUUAUUUAAAGAUUUUCAUAUGUAAAAGGUCUGGUUAUAUCAGUGUUUUGAGUUCUCUGAUUCUGCUCUUCGGCUAAUUCCUAACUUCAUGAGUUGAAGAGGAUCAACACACAUCUGUAGAACUGGAAUGUGAUACCCCUGGUUUAUAUAUUUUUUUCAAAAUUCAUUUAUUUAAUCAGUUGAAUGUUCUUCCCUGACAUGCGGCAUGGUGUCAUGAGGUCACAUUUCACUACAUUUCAUAUGUGAAAAUGUACAGGUCUUUGUAAAUGCAGCUUUUUUUUUUUUCUCCUUUCACCAAAAGGAUAUCUAUCAUCGUGGCAGGGGAUCGUGUUUUAUCUAUUUUAAGUGAAAUUUUUAUAGUUUAGUUUUUCAUUUUUAUGAGAAGGCAUUUUAUUUUAUUUUUUUAUAUGUCAGCCAGGUGCAUAAGUAUUAAAACAUACAGUACAGUUUGACACGGAUGUUGGUUAAAUGCACUGAGGAUAGUGUUAAAUCUCUUCUAGUUUUGGUGUAAUCUGUCUGGAAACUUGUCUUUGUGUGAAGCUUUGAUUUCAUUAGCCUGCCAGCAGGGGGCAAAACUGUAUCGCUAAUGCCAGAGAUGUUUAAAAAAAAAAGUGAUUUUUGUGAAUCGUACAUUGAAAAAUAAUUUCUAUUUCCACAGCCAUGAAUUUAAUCUUACCUUGAAUGUUUUUUUUGUUUUUUUUAGCAGAGUGCAGAUGACUGCUUAGUGACAUUCAGACUGUACUGGUUAAAUUAAUCUUUGUUUUUUUCUAAAGAACUCUGUUGAUUUGUCUUCUGUAUUGUAGCAAUAACCUGUGAUGUACAGGUGGGUGGCGAAGGAAAACCUUCAAACUUAGCUUUAACUUAAGGAGCUUCUUACUAACAACAUUCCCUCAGUUGGUGUUUUAAUGCCGUAGCCGUCUAACAUAUCACAUGAGAUCUAGUGCGUGUGAAGGCCAGGGCAUGUGAUACACAUCAGUUUUGAUACUCCUCAAUCCCAAAACUCAAACAAUGUUA